AAACCAUUUUCAAUUUACUCACUCAGGAAACACUCGGGACUUUCAGAGGGAGAGCAAUCGAGAGCGAUUGCACCGAAAUUUCAAGGGUUUCGUUAGUGAUUUGGUCUUUCGAUCUUUUGAAAUGCAGAAACUAGGGUUUCCAAGCAUGAAAAGCUUGGAUCAUUUCAAAUCCUUGUCAGGAUCCGGCUCCGGAGCCGCGAGAAACUUCUCAUUCCCUUCGCGUCCAUCUACCGAUUCAGUUUCUUUGGGAAGUUUCGCGAAUUUGAAACUUACUGCAGAGAAACUUGUUAAGGAGCAAGCUUCUGUGAAGACCGAUCUGGAAAUGGCGAAUUCUAAGCUGAAGAAAUCAAUGGAACAUAUCCGUGUAUUAGAGGAAAAGUUACAGAGUGCUUUCAAUGAGAAUGCUAAACUCAAAGUAAAGCAAAAGGAAGACGAGAAGCUGUGGAAAGGUCUCGAGUCUAAAUUCUCUUCAACGAAGACUCUUUGUGAUCAACUCACUGAAACGUUACAGCAUUUAGCCAGUCAGGUUCAGAAUGCUGAGAAAGAUACGGAGUUUUUUGAAGGCAAGCUGUCUGAAAGCUCAAAAGUGAUAGACUCACUAAAUGAGCAUAUGAAUGGCCUUUCUUUGAAGUUAAGUUCUGCUGAGGAAACGAUCAGAAACUGUGGAAAGGAAAUAGAAGAACUCAAAUUUGAGAAAGAGGAAAAUGGUAGGUUUUACAAGGAUGAACAGUGCAAAAGUGUGAGCCUCAUUGAGGAAAAAGAUGCUCUGAUAAAGAAAUUUGAAGCAACCGUAGCAGUGAAUAAACAGGCUGCAGAGAGUUUGAACUCUAAAAUGGAAGAAGUUCAGCUUGAGUUAAGAUCAAAAGAAGACGAAAUAAAAUGUUUGCUAACCACUCAGGAGAACUUGGAGAAAGAGAAAACUGAUCUUCUGUUGAGUAAUGAUGAAUUUGCUAGAAAGCUAUCAAUAUCUCUCUGGGAGAUUAAAAAUCUUGAAGGUUUUGUUGCUGUGUUGGCUGCUCAGUUGGUUGAACUGGAUAAACAAAGUCUGACUUUUACUGACAAGUUUGAUGAAAUAAAUUCUCUCUAUGACACUUGCUUUAAGUUAGUCCAACAGGAGAACAAUCUUGCUGCUAAGCAUGCUCAAAAGAAGUAUCAACAACUCCAUGAUAAUUUCUUGUGCAUAACAUCAGAAAGGGAUGCAUUACAAUUGGUAAACCAGGAGUUAAACAGUAAGAUCAUUGAACGUCAGAAAGCCCAAGAGUCUGUUAUGGCCCAGCUUUCAGAAGAAUGCCGUUUAUCAGGAGAGAGAAUCCAGAAGUUGGAGUCAGAAGCCGAAAGUCUGGUCUCAAAGAAGACUGAAGCAGAAAAGUUGGUUCUAAAAUUGGAGGAAAAAAUUGACACAUUGUCCGAAAGUUCAAGAUCGUCGGAGAAUAAAAUGCAAGAUCUAUUGCUGAAAAUUUCUGCACUGGAAAUGGAGAACAAAGAUAAUUCAGAGAAAAUGCAAGCAGAGAUACAGGGAAAAACAGAAGAAAUUGAUAAUUUGGAAAAGGAGUGUGGGAAACAUGAGAUGCAGGUAGAUUCUUUGGAGAAACAAGUUGGUCAGCUGCAUGUCAUGGUAGAGGAAAAAGAAUGGCUUAUCCUGCAAUAUAAAGAAAGAGAAAAGAAGCUGGAAGAUCAAAUUUCAGAGAAUCAGGCAAUGCUGACAGCUGCUGAAAGUAAUCUUGUGGAAGCCAGGAAGCAAUAUGAUGUGAUGCUAGAAAGUAAGCAGUUGGAGUUAUCUAGACAUUUGAAAGAAAUAUCUCAGAGGAAUGAUCAGGCAAUUAAUGACAUACGAAGGAAGUACGAAGUACAGAAGCAGGAGAUUGUUAAACUGGAGAAAGAGAAGGCUGACAAAGUUGUUGGAGAAAUGGAACAGAAAUGUGACCAGAAGGUUGCAGAGUGCAAAGAAGAAUCAAGGCUGCACUUGUUGCGCAUUCAAGAGGAAAAUGCUGCUUUAGUCACUCGUCUUCUGCAGGAGCAUGAUAGAAAGGAACUAAAUCUCAAAGCUGACCACCAUGAGGAGCUAAAAUGUGCCCAACUUCAGGCAGAAAAUGAAAUCAGAGAGAAAACAACAUUUCUUUGGAAUGAACAUGAAGCUCAGAUCAAAGCUUUGAGGUGUCAAUUUGAAGAUGAGUGCAGAAAGCUUCAGGAGGAGUUAAGUCUCCAAAAGUCCAAAGAAGACAGGCAGAGGGCUCUAUUGCAACUCCAGUGGAAGGUGAUGGGUGACAAACCACAAGAGGAACAAGAAGUAAAUUCGAAAAAGGAUUAUUCCAUUUCUUCAAUCAAGAUGAGAGAUUCUGAUGGUGGCAAAAGAAGUCAACGAGCUCUAGUAAGGCCAGAGAACGAAGAGAAGGAAUCACCAUUCCCAGGUGUAACACAAACACCAGUGUCAAAAUUGUUGAAGAAAGUAGAAAAUGCCAACACAGGAAGUGUAAUGAGCAUUCCUAAGCAUCAUAAGAAGGUAACUCACCAUGAAUAUGAAGUUGAAACUACUAAUGGAAGAACAAUUACAAAACGAAGAAAAACGAGGAGUACAGUCUUGUUUGAGGAUCCAAGGAAACAUAAGAAGGUCCGUACACCAAAAGCCAAUACCCCCAGAAGUUUUGUCAAGGGAACCAAGGGAAGUCAUCCAAAAGCUUCAAACAUUGGUGAUUUGUUUUCAGAAGGUUCUCUAAAUCCUUAUGUGGAUGACCCAUAUGCAUUUGAUUAAAGGACUAAUGUACAUGAUAUUGGCACCCGAAAGCAGCCUUAGUUUUGUCCAUUUCAAAAAGCUUUUUCACAUGGUUCACUGGACAGUAAACAGCUUGACAUCGCAGUGGAGAUGCAUUCCAUCAUUCUUUUCCGUAGUUCCCCUUGCAAGAGGCAUAUGAUUUGGUCUGAUUUUGUGCAAUUUCAGCUGAGACAUUUCAAUGCUACAAUCCGGGAUGGAAACUGCGUUGUAAAUAUAAGACGCAUAGGUCUGCGUGGCAAAGAAAAGUACGUAAGAACUUUUGUGCCGUGUAAGUAGACACUAGUCCUGGUGAAAUCAGGUGAUAGACUGAUAGCUACAUGUUUUUAGCAUAUGUGGAGCUUGUUUACCCUGAACGAGCAAUUAAA